AAAAGGAGUGAAAAAAAUGUAUGCCCAGUUUGUGAAUUUGAUCAAGGUGUUAAUGAUUUUCUUCGUAAAUAACAGCGCCUUCUUAAACAUUUUUGUGUAAAACAGUGCAUGCAUUUGGUACAUUCAAAGUCUAAAAUAUAAUUUUUGUAAAUUUGAUCAACGUAAAUAGUUAAAUGGUUAAGUAUCCAUAUCGUCCUUCGCACUCUUGAAUUUCCCUAAUUUGGAAUGAAUAUUUGUAGUCCUCAACAACAGGAGAGGAGAGUACACGUCCUCUUUUUUCUCUCUCACGAUUAUUUUUUGUUUUUUUAAAAUUUUGUGUAAAUUACUUAAUACUCAGUUUUCGAGUUUGUGAUAUUGGCGUCAUUCCGGACCCUCAAGUCAGUGGUAGAUGAUUUUUAACACCUAGACCUUAAAUGACCUUUCUGUGCGACUUCUUAUUUUGAUGUCAACCGACCUCCCCUGAUUUGUCAAAGUGGACUCUACUUCCUGAAUAGUGCCCACUCCACUCUUCGGUAUUUUCGGGGCACUCACAAGUUUUGAGUGGUUUACUCUGUGUUUCCGGUCUCCUCCCACAUCCCAUUUUGGACUGGAUUCUAACAACUACGCUGUGGGCAAAGCGGAUUAAUUUGCCCUUGUACAAAAGCGCUCUGACCGAUGGCGCUAUACAAAUUUCGAUCUCAUUCAGGUCCAUUGUUCCAGUUUUCAAAAUUCUUGAGUCAUAUAUUAAUUUUUGAAAUUUGUUCAGCAACAUCAGCAAAAAAAACCUCGAAGGAUAUGAUGUCUACCCUGGCUGAUAUGAUUUCAACUUCCAUCUCUAUACACUACAAUGUCAUCCAUCGGUAACGAAGCCUCAAAAAGGGUAUGAAAAACGUAACGUCGUGCCCACAUGGAAAUGUCCAAACUGCACAUCGUCUAUUAACGAAACAAAAUUAUGCAACUCGGCUCUCGUCGGAGUCAACUUCCUCAACUCAUCAUCUGUUCUGCAAGAAAAUUCUCCUCCUCACUCUCCAAGUUUAACUUCCACUUCCUGCAAAAGUAUCGACGCAAAACUACAGUCAAUAGUUUUAAAUAAACGAGUUAAUAGUUGUAAAGAUAAUACGAUAGUUCGCCAAGGAAUUUGUAAGAUAAAUAUAAAUAAAGGUUUAUUAAUUUGUCAUCAAAAUGCCAACAGUAUUAGAAAUAAGUUUGAUGAUUAUGUUUUAUUACUGAAUGAAAGUGCGAUUGAUGUUUUAGCACUUACCGAAAGUAAACUAGACCCUUUACGAGAUAAAAGUAAUAUGUACUUAAUUGAUGGUUAUAGUUUAUAUAGAUUUGACCGUACUUAUAAUUCAGGUGUAGGAACUCUAUUUUAUAUCAAGUCGCACUACAAUGUUGAGUUUUUGGACACACAUUUUGCAAUUCCGGAACAUUCAGAAUGUAACAUAUUGAAGUUGCAAUUUGCUAAUGCUAAGCCAAUGUUAAUUUGCUGUAUGUACAUACACCCAAAUAUUGCAAAGAAUAAUGUUGUAGUGUUCUUUAGGAAUGUCAACGCCUUUCUCUGUUCUCAAAACUUAGAAUAUUUUAUAAUUGGUGAUUUGAAUCUUGACUUACUUAAGAAAUGUCCAGAGUCCUUUCAGUUAUUUUUUGCUUGUAAAGAGUUUGGUCUUUGGCAAUUAAUUGACGGUUUAACUUUUAAAGGUCAGAGUUUGUUAGAUCAUAUGUAUACUAACAGAAAAGUUAAUAUUAUUCAAAAUGGUCACCACCCGUGGGGUGGGACUGACCAUGACUUAACAUUUGUAGUCAGGAAGGUUUCUAGACAAAAAAUGAAACCAAUGCUUAUUUCUUAUCGGAAUUACCAAAAUGUUGACCCAAUUCUCCUUUCUACAGAUAUUGCAAAAUAUAGAUUUGACAUUAGUGCUUCCAUUUCUGAACAAAUGUUAGAUUUUAAUAAUUAUGUACUAACUCAGUUGGAUAAAUAUGCCCCAGUUAAGAAACGUUAUGUUAAGCCAAAAAUGAAUAACUGGUAUACUUCUGAGUUAUCAAAGUUAAGAAAACAAAGAGAUAAACUUCAUAAACUAGCGCACACUUCUAAAUCUGAUGGUGAUUUCAAGAAAUUUCGAUGGAUCAGAAAUCGUUACAAUACUAAACUUACGCAAACUAAGAAAUAUUAUUAUAAUGUUAAAUUUAAAGAGAGUGCUAAAUGUACUGUUAGUUUAUGGAAUAAUGUAAAUAAUUUAACAGGAUUUAGAAAAAAACAAUGUAUAUCCAUACCGAAACUUGUGCUGCCGAAUAAUGUGGUUAUUGAUAGCCCAGAGAGGAUUAAUGAAAAAUUGGCCGAGCAAUUUAUUGUGAGUCAGGUUUCAAAAUUACCGGCAAAUGAUUUAGAUUUAGAAAUUAACAACUAUUGUCGAAAUUACAACAAUGAUGACUCAGUCCUUCAGACUGAAGCUCAGAUUUGUGAAGUGAGUACUGAGGAAGUAUAGAAAGUGAUGUUUGAAUCGAAAAAAGACACGAGAAGUGAUUUGUAUGUACCACUGAAGAUCUUGAAGUCGUGUCAAGUAAUUGUUGCUGCUCAGUUAGCUUUACUGUUUUCGCUUAUAUCUAAAUCGUCAUUCACUCCUCAAAGCUUUAGAUCGGCUAUAAUUACCCCGUUGUAUAAAGGUAAAGGUAAGAAGACAGAUCCAAAUAAUUACCGUCUUAUUAGUUGUCUUACUGUAUAUUGUAAACUAUUCGAAAGAUUAUUGUUUAAUAGAAUACAACAAAGAAUAGACGCUAAUCUAUGUAAACAACAGCACGGUUUUAGAAAAAAUAUGUCAUGUAAAACAGCAUUGAUUGAAUUUACCGAUUAUUUGUACAACUCUCUUGACAAACCGAAUGGAAAGGUCAUAGCGGUGUAUUACGAUGCUAGAUCUGCAUUUAAUAGUGUGGACAGAUCAUUGCUUUUAAAGAAAUUGAUGUUACAGUUUAAAUUACACCCUGUUUACAUUAAGCUAUUGAAUAACUACUUGAAUAAUCGUUGUAUAUUAAUGAAGGGUGAUUCAAAAUAUUAUGAUAACCCUACAGGCUUAUCACAGGGUGCCGCGAUUUGUCCACUUCUUUAUGCGGCAUUCCAGGAUGACAUUUGUAAGAUCAUCACUAUACCGUUUUUGUUGUACUGUGAUGAUCUAGUUAUAUACAUAUAUGGCACAAAUUUAAAAGACAUGUUGCAACUAUUAAUGUGCAAGCUGGACUGAUUGAGAAUUGGUAUAGUGAGAAUAACAUGAUUAUAAAUUAUAGUAAGACUAAAUAUCAAAUAUUUCAUAAGCCACAAGAUAAGAUUCCCAUAGAAUUUGUUAAUUAUAAACUUAAUAUAAAUGGCAAUGAGAUCGAACAAGGGUCUACGUUUAAAUAUUUAGGUAUUAACAUUGAUUCUACGCUAAACUUUAAAGAUCAUUUGAGUAGUGUAACGAGUAGAGUAGCUGGUGCUUUGAAAUACUUGUAUGGCAUUAAGAGGUAUUUAACGGAAAAUGUGGUUUCAAUUCUGGUUAAUUGUAAUGUACAUGCGAUAAUUGACUAUUGUAGUGAUAUUUGGGCGGUUCAGACGCGUGUGCAAUUAGCACCACUUCAAGCAAAGGUUGACACUUUUUUAACACAAUAUUACUUACCGGUUAUAUGUAAGAAGGCCAGAAAUAGCAAGAAAAAAUGUCGAUUUAAGAUUAAUAUUGAUAAACUAAGAAUGAAAUGUAAUUUAUUAACGUUGGAAGAGAGGAGAGAUUUAUUUUUAUUGAAAUAUGCCUUUGUUCAUUUGUACAAGCAUGAUGAGACUCGUAGACAGGAACGAAGUUGGCCUCUCCUUCCAGUGUCUGCAUGUAAUACAACUUUCGCUAAUAAUAAUAUAAAUUGUCGCAGCAUAAAAUUAUGGAACUCCCUUCCAAGGGAAUGGACCAUAAAUGACCUUAAGUAUAAUGAGUUUGUUGAAAAAUGCAAGGUUUUUUUGGUGAAGAGUAGAGAUAAUGAAUUUAUUUAUUUUUGAGAAAUAUAGGUUUAGUUGAUUAGUAUAGACAGAUGUUUAUGCACAUGUUGUGUUAUAGCUUGUAAACCAGACUGAAUGUGACUAACACUUGAAUAAAGGUAAAUUGAAUUGAAUUGUAAUUCUGUGAGCAAAAUGAGGAAUACAAUGAGAAAAAAUAAAUUGACACAAAAUUUCAGAAAGCCAAUUGGGUUAUCGUAAACUUGCAAAAACAUCUGUAAAUUUGAUCAAGCUGUUCAUGAUUUUAUUAGUAAAUAUUUGUAUAAAAAUAAAUUAAAAUUUUGUAAGAUUUGAAGUCAAAAAUGUAA